GUAGACGUAUCAAUCAAUGCUUUCGGUGCCUCUGUGCAGGUGAUGGUGCUUUGGUCGAUCAUCAAUCAUCGUGUACUAAUUAGACGAACAUUAUAUUUUGAUUGUUGAGUAUUAGGUCAGAGCAACCAUUGGGCGUAACUGAGUCGCUGGAUGUUUUUUAAUAUGAAAGAGUUAAAGGAUUACAUGGUUGCUAUGUUUUUUUUUUAACUUUGAAUAAAGUUGAAAUGCAAAAAUCAUUGAAACAUGCACUCGGUGUUCGUAAUACAUUAAUAUUUUUUCACAAUUAAUCCUGUUUCCUACCUAUCCUUUCUACAAAUUGCAUUAUCCUCUCUAGUGCGAUGACCAAAACUUUCCAUUAUCAUCAAUCAUCUAACCAUCGGUUGGAUUUCCUGGUCAAAAUGGAUUCCAAAUUACCAUCAUCAGUGUGGCCUGGAGAUAAGACCGCAUCACAAAAAUUUGAUCCCGAUCGUUAUCGCUAACGAGGUGUGACGGGUGAAUGUAAACCCUUCUGGCGGUACGAUCUCUUCGGAACCCGUCCAUUUUCGAUACGCUAAUUGACGCGAGUUCGCGUCAUUUCCCCGAUCAAUAAGCGCCAUAUUUAAUCAAAAAGACGGUAGCGCAUGUACUGCUGCUAAUCGUUCUAUUGACAACUUGGAGGGGUGGUCAGUCAAUAAUGUUUACCUCCGAAACCGAGCCAACCGUUCGGCUCGAGGCCCGUGCGGGCAGGAAGAGAAGAUGGAGCGAGGUUGAGGUUGCUGCUCGAGACGGUUAAGUGGCAUCACUGACAAGUUUGUGGCGUUAUCUCUAAGGGGUCUCGGGACAAUAAUGGGACCGUAACCGUAUCGGAUGGUGAACGGGCGAGCCUGAUGCAGUUCAAUCUGGUCAGUGGCUUGAAGUGCUGGUGUGAUGGAGGUGAGAAGUACCGUUCGGCGCGCGUAUGGCGGGGGUGCUCACUCCCUCACCGGGGACCACCACGGCUGGUGACGGUCGGGCGGAACGGUGCGCGAAACGUAAAUCAUCCGGUAACAAUGCCGCUGCCGCAGCCACGUUUUUCGUGGUUACCUACCGCGAUUGAUGAGCUAGGGCUAUCCGGUGCCUCUGGACGAUCGUCACCGUUUAGUGUCGCACAUCGAGUGGCAGCGUUCACAUCGUUGUCGGUGGGUGGUUCAGAUUUCAUCGGUGGUUUCUGUGGUUAGUGAAGAAGAACUGAAGUGAUCUGCUUGGGGAAUGCAUUCUGCGAUCGAUCGUCGUGGCUUAGUAAAGUUUAUAAGCAAACCGAAGGAUUGAGUGAUUAAGUUUCUCGAGUUGAGCAUAAUACGAUCCAGCUUCCAGACUCCAACAACCAGAAGAUGAACACGGAAAGUGACCAUCAUCAGUCGGAUCAGCCGGCGCCGGGAAAAAUCGAUCGAUCCAUGCUCAAGCUUGGACCAUUCGAUACCAACAUUGGAUUGCCACAGCAGCAACAACUGCAACAGUACUCUCCGGGACCGUACGGAGAUCAGUAUGGAUAUUCAUCGCCCGUUACGCCUGUCACACCAACCAGUCCCUUGGUGUGCUAUCCUCAAAUGAAAAAUCGUGUUCUGCGCCCUGGUGUGAACCGGAAGUACCGGAAGCGAGCCAUUCUGAAGAAUGGCGAUUGCAAUGUGGUGCUUUCGCGGCCACCGCGACAACAUUUGCGGUUCCUGCAGGAUAUCUUUACGACGCUCGUCGAUGCACAAUGGCGAUGGACCCUUCUGGUGUUUGCGCUGAGCUUCGUAGGCUCGUGGCUGUUUUUCGCAGUCAUUUGGUUCUUAAUAUCCUACACUCACGGAGACUUUGAAGAAAAGAAUCUUCCAGACAAUCAAUCGGAAAUCGGAUGGAUACCGUGCGUUUACAACAUGUACUCGUUCACAUCGGCGUUCCUGUUUUCCAUCGAAACCCAGCACACGAUCGGUUACGGUGUCCGAACGACGACGGAAGAGUGCCCGGAAGCCAUCUUCGUCAUGUGCUUCCAGUCGAUCUACGGGCUGAUGAUCCAAGCGUUUAUGGUUGGCAUCGUGUUUGCGAAGAUGACGCGACCGAAGCAACGCAGCCAGACGCUCCUGUUCUCGAAGAAUGCGGUCGUGUGCCAGCGCGAUGGGGAACUGUGUCUGAUGUUUCGUGUUGGUGAUAUGCGCAAGAGCCACAUUAUCGGUGCAUCAGUUCGGGUACAGCUGAUUAGAACGAAAGUGACGCGCGAGGGCGAAGCGAUGGCACAGUUCCAAUUCGAGCUCGACGUUGGAUCGGACGGGUGCUCGUCGGAUCUGUUCUUCAUCUGGCCCCAGAUUGUGGUGCAUCGGAUUAAUAAGGACUCACCGUUGUACAACAUGUCGGCGUCUGAUAUGCUGCGCGAAAGGUUCGAGAUUGUUGUGAUCCUCGAGGGAACGGUCGAGUCGACCGGACAGUCAACGCAGGCCCGCUCGAGCUACGUCAACUCGGAGAUCCUGUGGGGUCAUCGGUUCGAUCCGGUCGUGUGCUAUAACAAGGAGCAGCAGGCAUACGAAAUCAAUUACAGCAAAUUCGAUUCUACGUUACAAGUCGAUACACCACUCUGCUCGGCCCGAGAGCUGGCCGAGUUUUAUCGAGCCCAGGAUGACUAUCCGCCGGCCACCGACAUUGGUGAUAAUGUGUCCACUAAAACACAGCUCGAGCGUCGCUGGCAGCAUCACUACAGUACGGUGAUGAACACGCUCAGUCAGUACAAUCUGCCCGACGAUACAUUUGGCCAGGCCGCCGAUGGGAAUCAUCUCUAUCCGACGCGUUACCUCACGAUCCAGGGUGUACCGAGGCGCCGCAAGUCCUACGUGGCACUGCAGAACAAUCUGUGGAAUCUGUUCGACCAUCCACCGAACCCUCGGACCAGCACAACAGUGCCGGGCUCGAGUGAGUCUGACGCGAGUCCGGCCAGUCCACGGAAGGUACGGGACGACGAUCCGCUCGUGACGAGUGUGACCGUGCAGAACGUGAAUGAAAAGUCAUCCUAGGCAUGAGGUGCCUUGUAGUGGUGUGAUGGUGGUAGUUGCCGGUUAACAUAUAGAUCUGGAAGCUCUUCACGGAUUCACGGAUGUGAUGAUUAGCAUACUUAACUCACUUGUGUGUGUGUGUGUGUGGCGGAUUAGAUUAGAUUAGAGACGAGAUGAUCGUACAGUCGACUCUCUUGACGGCAAUUCAAUAAACUAGAUGCCAUCUCUCAGAA